UCUGUAAAAGAACGAAUCUGUACACGUUAAACGUUUCUAAAAAGACUGUUCAGAAAAUAGCAUUUUUAUAUUGGUAUGAAAACAAAAUGAGAAGCCUUUUCGGCGGUAGAUAACAGAAUUCGUCUACAUUUUAAAACAAAAUUAACCUAAUUCCGGAUUAACUGUAAACACGGUUUUAACAUAAAUCCGGAAAGCAAAUUUACAGGCGGUAUUUUCAAGAUGUUAUGAUUGUAAAAAGGAAAAUGUCGUCAAAACACACUCCGCGAAACUUGAUCCAACAAUAUGCUGACAAUGUGGCGACAGAGAAAAGCACGCAUCCAGCACGGAAGAGAAGGCCUGUAUCUCAAUCACCAACAGUUGGCUCAUCUUCCAAACCUGUAUCAAAGAGACAGAGAGCUGCCAUUGAAGAGGACUUGACACCAAGACACCUUAUACAAGGUUUUAUUGAUACACAAGACACUGCCAUUCCAUCGACACGAAAGAGCAAGAGAGUUGGAGAGUUACCUCCUCCUUCUUCCACCAAGGUUAAAAAGUCACGACGGCGAUCCUCUCUCGGGAUUCCAUCUAUGGAGAAAGUUGUUAAUCAGUUUACACCCAGAACAAUGAUCACUGGCUUGUUGGAUCAAGGUGUGGAGCAAACACCAGAAUUUCGAGCUGCCAAGGGAGAUAAAUCUGUUGCACGUUCUAGUUUGGGAGAUCUUCCCAAUAAUGAAAUCAGCUUCCAACCUGUUGAAGCCAGUUUCCAUGAGAAUAAGCUGACCAAGCAAAGUCAGAAGACCCGUGGUGGCAGGCAGAGGCUGCCUAUCAACAUCGUUCGCCGUAGAAGUGAUAAACUCGCCAAACAGCAGAGGACAGGGAAAGAGUUGGAAUUCUCAACUGAUGAAGAAGAGGAGUAUAGUGCAGAGGAACAGACCGUGGAGAUAGGCAGAGAUGCUAACAGAUCAAGGAGAAAGAGUGCGCACAGUUCAUUACAAGAUGUUUCCGACACAUCGGCCAAGGAUGACACAUCUGCUGCGGAAUCACCAAGAAAGUCACUGUCCCGAAGCAGAGUCACACCAUCCAAAAGACUGUCCAUGGCUUCUUUGAAGAAUGCUUCUCGUGUUACACCCAGUAGGAGUUUGUCCAUGUCUCGUGUUUCUGACGCUCACCUCUCUCCAGGUAGGAUUCCUAAGUUGAGGACACCUAGGACGACCAGAUCACCAAGGACAGGCACUCCGAGAAGCAACAGACGAUCAGGCAAUGUGUCUCUGUCUCCCCGACCCACAGUCAGUAAAAGCAAAGUCAAAAGUGCAAAUGCCACAGAGCGAGCAGGAGGGGACAUGAUAGCAGAUGUAGAGGAGGAUAUAGACUCUGUGGAUGAAGGAUCUUUUGUUGCUGAAGACAGAAGCGCAUCCAAAUCGAAAUCACGAAUAGACGAUGAUGUGCAAUUGGACUCGGCUGAUGCGCCGUAUCCAACCGAUUCCAAGUUGAGAAGAGAUGAUUCGUUGGACAGUGCUUCAAGCAAACAUGAUGAAAGUAGUAGGCCAGCUUCAAGGGCAAGCUUCUCAAGAUCAAGGUCAAGAGUUGAAGAGGAGGGUCAUUCGUCUCCAAGUCGAGGUGAUGCAUCUGUUUCCGGAUUGGGUUCCAAUUCAAAAUCUAAUUUGAGUGUAAAGGAAAGACCAACUCCCAAGUCUAGGUCAAUGUCAAAAUCAAAGUUGGCCAAAGGAUCAGAUAAUGAAGAUGGAGAUACAGAGAAUGAUGACCAGUCGUCACACAUGGCAGAGGACACUGGCUAUGCUCCGUAUGCCCCGACCCAAGACGAGCCUCGUAGUGGCCGGUCCUCUCCCAGAUACACAACAGGACUUGUGGACAAUGUCUACGACUUUCAUGAUGAUAGUCCAUCCAAGAGGAUCAUUGGAAAAUUAGUGCAGACUUUGCAACAGUCUGCAUCAGCAGGUGACCGUGGUCAAGCCGGGGAGGAGGAUAUCUCUGACCAGGAGGAAGAGUCUCGCCAGGCACGGGACCACCAUGCAGGGACUUACCACAACGUGGAGGAGUCUGAUGAUGAAUAUGAUGAUGAUGACUUUCAUGGUGAGCCGGAGGAGAGCAUUAUCCCUGCAGCAGAUGGAGAAACUCAUGAAUACUACACCCCACUGCGAACUCCCCACUUGAAGAAGAAACAGAGCUCAAGGAAGCCAUUGCCUGUAGUCACUUCAACACCUAAACCUGGGUCUGUGCAGCAAGGUGAACAAGCGAAGCAGAAGGGCAGAAAGAAGCCUGCCCAGCAGAAGAAACUGAGCAGUAGCUACAUGCCAACUAGUGUGGUUAAAGGACUCUUUUCUCACUUUUGUCCAGCCAAAGUCUCCAAAGAUGCCAUUGCUGAAGUGGAAAAGGCAUCUGCUCAGUUUUGGGAAAAUGCAGCCAAAGACUUGGAGUCCUAUGCUCUUCAUGCACACCGCAAGACUAUUGAAGAAGCUGAUGUAGAACUGCUGAUGAAGAGGCAGAAGUUUGUCACCCCAAAGGAGUCCCUGUAUUGUCUGGUGGAAAAAUAUCUUCCUUUGGAGCUGAGACAGGAGAUAAUCCCCAUAUCUCGAUCAGGCAAUAAGCUGGAGCUGAAAUAAGUUACCACGAGGACAUCUUCCUUUGAAGAAGACUUGCAAAAUAAACAUGUGAAGUUGUGCGCUAAA